UCUCCUUCUCUUUGUUUUACGUUCAUAAAUGUGUUCCGUUUUUUUUUUUCUUUGGCUCUUCAUUUUUAUCGAUUGUCCAGCUUUCUUCUUCAUUUUUUCUCGUGCAUGAAGGGGUUUUUUUUUCAAGUGAACAUGAGUAAAGCAGCCUUUGUUUUACUCUAUUUGGGCUUCAUAUUCAUCCUUUGUGAAGCCAAAUCGAUCAGACAGAAGCCUCAAGCUUUUGAGUCCCUCAAUGUCAGUUACGUUCAGAAUUUAGGGAGCUGUUCUUACUCGGUGAUUAUUUCAACGAGCUGUUCCUCUACCAGUUACAAUCGAGAUCAGAUCAGUAUCGCUUUUGGGGAUGCUUAUGGUAAUCAGAUAUAUGCACCGAGGUUGGAUGAUCCAUCCACUGAGACAUUUGAACGAUGUUCUUCGGAUACGUUUGAGAUAAAUGGACCAUGUGCAUAUCAGAUCUGCUAUGUCUAUCUCUAUCGAACUGGACCGGAUGGUUGGAAGCCAGAGACUGUGAAGAUUUAUGGUUAUAAUUCUCAGGCUGUUACUUUUUACUAUGACACCUUCAUUCCAGGCGACAAUUGGUAUGGAUUUAAUUAUUGCAACAAUGCUUCUUCUUCGCAUAGACGGAUUGGCCAGAGAUGGUUCUUAUUUGUGAUUCUAUGGUUUGUUCUCUGUGCAUUCGUUUAAGUAUGUCUUCGCAAAGUCCCUAAAACCUAUAUCAGAAAAGAUUGUAGAGUGUGACAUGAACUAUGCUAUUAAGCUAUAUGUAGAGUGUGACGCCGGUAUUAACAUUGUUUUUCUCUCAAGUAUGCUAUUCAAUGCUAGCUACAAACUCACGCACUGCAAUUCAUGCCGGUUAACAGCACUAGACUGUUGCAUGUUGGUAGUCGAACUGCAUAUCUUUAUGUUUAUUGCAAUUUUGG